AUGGCAGGGGGAUGUGGGUGGCUCAGAGGUAUACGGGGCUCGCAAUGUUUGGUGGACACACGGGCACAAUGGGACGAAGAGAAGCUGAUCAUUCAAGAACUACUGGGUGGUGAUUCUGCCGCUGAAUCUGCGAUAUCUGCUCUGCGCUUACCGAAAGUUGGAAAGGCGGGUGUGGCAGCUGUCGCGGAGACACGAAAUCCCUUGGAAGUUCUGGGUGCGGAACUGUCCGAAAGCCAUCCUGUCCAAGAACCCGAAAGCCACGAUCGUGAAAUCGUCUGCGGUUUCUGCGCUUGCCGCUUGCUUCCGACCGGGAGGUUGCAUCCAGCUGUUCUCCAAGAGUAUGACACUUCGCUCCCAGCUGCACCUGCUGAAUCGGAAGCACUUCCAAGUCAAGACUUUCAACGAUGGCUGACAAGCAUCUAUUCACGCUUCAAUCCCAGUUUGCUGCCAAAGGUUCCGGAGUUCAUGAAGAAGUACAGAGGCAGAGAGCCUGAGCUUGUUGAAAGCAUUUGCUGUAAGUAUCGUGUCGCUGCACCUCCUGGGUGGUGUAAGGUGGGCUAA